AUGAUCAAGCAAAAAAGGAAGCAAAAAGCUGUAAGUAGACAAAUAUCUGUCGAUUUUCGGGCUUUUAUAUUGCAAUCUUACCUAGUCAAGGGCAAAUACCAAGUACCUAUCCCUCAAGUGAAAGCUGUUAGUGAUGCGGAAGCUUUCAAAGUUGUGAAGUCAGGCAAAACCAACAGAAAAGGCUGGAAGCGAAUGGUUACGAAGGUCACUUUCGUCGGAGAGUCAUUCACCCGGAAACCUGCUAAGUUCGAAAGGUUUAUACGGCCUAUGGGUCUGCGAUUCACAAAGGCUCACGUCACACACCCUGAACUGCAGACUACAUUUUGUCUUCCAAUAGUGGGUGUAAAGAAGAAUCCUUCAAGUCAGAUGUACACGUCGUUGGGUGUGAUCACGAAAGGUACAAUCAUCGAAGUAAAUGUGUCGGAAUUGGGCAUGGUCACACAAGGCGGAAAGGUAUAUAUUGAUAGCUUUCAUCAUUUUGAGAUUUCAUGUUUUUGCUAAAG